AUGGAGAAUGAAGAGCUUUUCGCGGGCGAACCUGCCCUUGAUGCACGACAGCAAGCUGCGGAUGCCCAUCGCGCUGCAGCUGCAUCCACACAGACCCCCUUGCAAAUACACACAGAGCCUCUUCUGGCAGAAGAUGAUGAAUGGUAUCAGCAACACGAGGAACGAGUCCCCAGCAUAGAUGAUCGGCCGCGAUGGAGACGACCACAUAUCUGGUGGUUGCUGCCCUUCGGGCUCCUGUUCACCUUAGGCUUCGGUGGUCUCGCCGUCCCUAGAAUUAACCUGAUCAUGUCUCUGAUUUGUCGUGAUUAUUUUGCCGAAAAGACAUCGCAGGAUCCCAACUUCACCUACCUCCCCGUCAUCGUCGGCGAAGAUAACUCCCAGUGUCGACUACCGGAAAUCCAGUCUCUGGUUGCCAGAUUCCAGCUAUAUCUCAACCUUAUCACCGGUAUUAUAUCGGCUCUGGUGAGCCCCCGCCUAGGCCAUUUAUCCGAUCGCUAUGGAAGGACUAGAAUGAUUGCGCUUGGUGCAAUGGGUGCUGUUCUGAAUGAAGCCAUUACAUCCAUUGUUGCCUCUUGGCCGGAGAACAUGUCGAUCAAUAUACUCUUAGUUGGGGCGGUGAUGGACGGCCUGGGAGGGUCGUUCACUACGGCCCUGGCUUUGAUUCACUCAUACGCCUCAGACUGCACGUCACCUGAUCGAAGGAGCGUGGUUUUUGGUAUGUUUCACGGCGCUGUGUUCCUCGGAAUUGCCGCUGGACCAACUGGUGCUGCAUACUUGAUCAGUAAGACCGGGGAUUCCUUGAUUGUCUUCUACAUUGGCCUUGCGUUCCACAUAGUCUUCUGCCUUUCGGUCUACUUUAUUGUUCCCGAGUCUCUCUCUAAGGAACGACAGCUAGAAGCCCGGGAGCGUCAUCGUGUGAAGGAGGCUGAUGUCACCGAUAGCCGGUGGUUGUCCUUGAGGAACCUUAACCCUUUGAAUCUUCUCACGCCUCUCAAGAUUCUUAUGCCCGCUGUCGGACGACCAAGUGUCUUGUUCCCCAAUCGUCGGGGAGCAAGCCCAGCCCUGCGCAGGAACAUCGUCCUGCUUUCUGCGAUGGAUACUGCUGUUUUUGGGGUUGCUAUGGGCACUGUCCAGGUGAUUAUCAUCUACGCGGAGUACAUGUUCAAUUGGGGGAAUGUCGAGUCGAGCCUUUUCGUUUCUAUUAUCAAUGUCGUUCGUGUGGUGAAUCUUUUCGUUGUUCUCCCGAUUGUCGCCCGACUCUUCCGUACGCCAUCCGAAGAUGAUGGUGUGAUCCGCGGAUCGGACAAGCUGGACAUUGUUCUUAUCCGCCUGUCAGUUGUUUUCGACGUCCUCGGAUACAUUGGGUACGCGCUUUCGAAACAUCCAUCUGUCAUGAUUCUCUCCGGUGCCGUUGCGUCGCUUGGUGGGAUGGGCUCGCCUAUCUUGCAAUCAUCUCUCACCAAGCAUGUGCCUCACGAACGUGUGGGACAGUUGCUCGGCGCAACAGGCCUUUUGCAUGCACUCGCCAGGGUAGUCGCACCCACUAUCUUCAAUUUGAUCUAUAGCAUGACUGUUGCGACCUACCCGCAGGCUGUCUUUGUUUCUCUUGCAGCUGUAUUUGGAGUGGUAUUGUUUCUGGGCUUCCUUAUACGGCCCCAUGUCACUCUCGACGAAGAGCCGAUUUCGGAUGCCACCGUUGAGGCCAAUGAAGUGGGAGAAAGCGAAGAAGACCGGCUCCUCAUGUAA